AUGUUCGAGGCGCUCUCGGAGCGAUUGCCCGCGGCGAGCUUCGAGCUCGAUCUCCUCCGUGAGGAUGUCCGACUCGAAGAGCUCGUCUCUCACCCGAUGCGAGCACGCAUCGCGAUCCUGCGCAUUCGGCUGAGCUCUCUUGGAGGAAACCGAAUCGCGCAGCUCGUCGAACUGUGUGAACAGGAGGGCCUGAGGGCGAUCGAUCUGUCCAUGCUCAAGCUGAGCCAGGGCAGCGCCGAGGCGCUCGUCGAGUCGCCGCUCAUGUCGGUCCUGCGCGGCCUCGAUCUCCAGGAAAACGCUAUCAAGGAUAGCGGGAUCGAAGAGCUCGCGAAGUUCGAUGGCGAGACGAUCCUCGAAACACUCGACUUCAAGAACUGCUACCUGAGCGAUGCGCCACUGGUGAAGCUCAUCACCUCUCCGAUCGCCUCGAACCUGCGAAAGCUCCAGCUCUACAACAACAGCUACGUCGGUGAAGCGGUGAUCGAGGCGCUCGCUGAUAAGUCGUGCGAGUUCUCGUUGCGGCGGUUGGGGCUCGCGUCGUGCAAUGUCGAUGAUGACGCGGUCCUCGCGCUUAUGAAAUCACGGCAUGCCGCAUCACUCGUGAAGCUCGACCUCUCGUACAACGAAGACGUCGGAGAUGGCGCCGCCACAGUGAUCGCCAGGGAAUCCAGGCGGUUAGAAAAACUCCACCUCUCGAACACCUCGGUGGCAGAUCGCGGCGCAAAGGCGCUCGCGGCGAGCCCGCACGUCUCCAAACUUCGCGUCCUCGGGCUGCACUGGUGCAAGGUCGGCGCGGAGGGUGCGGUCGCGCUCGCGAACUCAGACCACCUCGGCGCGCUCGAAGAGUUGUCACUGAGCCUCAACAACAUCAGGGCAAAGGGAGCACGAGCUUUCGCGAAGACCACGAAGCUGACCUCGAUGCGCGCGCUCUCCAUCGGUGAUAAUCAGAUCGGAGCCAGCGGCGUGAAGGCGUUCCUCGACUCGCCAAACAUCGCCUGGCUCGACCACUUCAGCCUGCCAGAAGAAGAGGUCUCCGAGGAGCUCUAUGCCAAGAUCAAGUUCUCGCCGCACCUGACCAAAGCGCAACGCUGGAGCUACUGGAACCCCUGUUCUCUCAAAGAGCUCAGGAAGAUGGCAUCGGAGUACAAGAUCAGGGGGCGCUCCAAGCUCGAUCGAGACGAGCUUAUCGAGGAAGAACCUGACGCCACAGGACCGAGGUGCGGUCAGGAUGAAGCCGUGCGCUGCGCGGCGGGGUGGCCGACCUGGCAGCUCGAAGACAUCCAACCGGAGUCACCGCGAUUCGGUCAGACUUAUGGUCUGGAGGCAUUCGAUGGCCAGGUUGUUCUGGUGGCGAACCUCGUGGGGUGGUGUCCUUACUGUCAGUCUCAGGCGGUGAAGCUCGAGCAACUAAAAAGCGAGCUCGCAGCAAAGGGACACGACAACGUCGCCUUCGUGGUGGUGCAUGGCGCGAGCGCGAACAAUGAAGAGGAUCAGCUCGCGCUCACAUCGCGCUGCACGUUCCCCAUCUUGCAGGACACAGACGACGCGGAUGUCUGGGGAGAGAGCAUGGGCGGCAAGGAUGACUUCUUUCUCUACGCGCCCGAUGGCACCUUGCUCGAGUACCUCCCCCCAUCGAGCGGCACCAACCUGAGCAAGGAAGAAGACUACGCCUCGCUCGAGGCAAAGCUCAUCGAAGCCGCUGACUCGCAGUAA